CAACCUGGUGCUCAGAUUCUGCCGCAGGACCCCCGCGGGCGCCGACUGCUCGUGUGCACGGGCGGGCUGCGCCGUCUCCAGGAGAUCCCCGCGGAGCCGGGCUCGGCCAUCGCCGAGAGCGUGGCCGUCAUCAACUGCUGCUUCCCUGAGGAGAUCGUCAGGUACUACAGCCCUGGCUUCCCCGACUCUCUCCUCGAUCUGAUGGAGGAGACCGUCGACGUGCAGCCCCUGGACCUAGACCAGGAACACGUCAGCAGAUGGAGUCCCCCCAGUGACGGUCCGCGGGGCCAGGGAGCGCGGGCUGACGGCCUGUGCGGCGCGGACGCGGACUACCGCGACCAGAAGGAGAAGGCCCUCCCGUCAGUAGAGGGCGUCGUCGUCACCCAGCCAACGGGGCCCCGGGGCCCGGGCGGCGCCCGCACCCGCUCCUGUGCCUCCCUUACCUCGUGCGCCGGGCGGCGCGGCGCGCGCCCCGCCUCCAGGACCAAAGCACCGCCGGCGCCUCAAAGCAGACGGAGUCGGAGCAGGACAGUCUCGCGACCGCGACGGCAGGAGGACGCCCAGAGCAACACAGAGGUGGCCGUCGUGGAGGCCCCUGUCGGACCGGGCCGGCCACCGGCCUCGACGUGAAGGUCAGAGGGAUCGGAAAUGAAGACGCAGAACUGGACAUAAUUAAUCAUAUAAUUAAAA